AUGUUUGUUGUUAUAAUUGCAUUUAUAAUCAUUGUAGUUCUGUUUGUGUUUAAAAAGAAAGACAACAAACACACCAAAAAUAUUUGUGUUUUCAAGAUGAGUCGCUCCAAUAUCAUUAUGACUAAACUUGAAGGUGUUAUUUUUUCAAACAAAAAUGAAAUUUCUUUUUGGUUGAAAGUGACAAAAUACAAAUUGAAAAUGAAAGUCGUGAAUUACAAGUGUGACAAAUACAAAAUUCGCACAAAACCCAAAAUUGUGACUUUAAAGAGCGGAUUUGUAUGCGAAUUUGAAGUCUUUAUAACACCAUAUUGCACAAUGGAUUUGAGUGACGAAAUCAUGAUUGUCUCGCUUGAUUUACAUUAUGGUAAAGGGAUUCAUGAGGAUUGUUAUUUUUUCUGA